CCCGCACGGCUCCAAAAGACUUACAAAAAGAAGCGCUAAACUAUGCUAUCCGCAAAAACUGGGAUCUUUAUUUGAGUUCACGAGACAAGCACUAUUUGUUAAUGAAGAGUAUGGGUCAACAACAGCUUAUUAGAGAUAUUGACCUAUUAGAAUCCGCUUUUUAUAGGCCAAAGUUCAUGUUUUUUUAUGAAAAAGCAUCAAUUUAUAGAAUGGCCGCCGGCCUUGGGGAAAGCAUCAUCAAAAACCAACCAUUUUUGGAUGGGAAUAAGAGAGCCGGUCACCUUUCCAUUUCUGCGUUUUUAUUUCUCAAUGGUUAUCAGCUGAGAAAAUUACAUUGGGUAUGGCGAUGGUCAUCUUCCUGUCCAACUUGUCAUAUCAUUUGUAAAGAGGAUGUCCCGUCUCGUCCUCCUCAUGGCCAUACGAAAUCUAAGACGGAGGGUAUUAAUGAUAUUUCGGAAGAUCCAUACAUGUUUGAUGAGUCGGAUCCAAUGAAGAGAGCAACGCUAUUGCUAAUUUGGCAAAAUCAUUAUCUUCCAAAUGUUGCUACUUUAGCAAAGAUUUUCCAAGAUAAAUUUAAUAAACAAUCUUACAACCUUGAAAAUUUUUUAGAUCCUGAGAUUAGUAAAAAGCUGAAAAAAGUACUUGCUCUUGCUUUCGAAAAACCAAAAGUCGUCUUGUCUGUAUGUGAAAAUAUAGAUCAUACAGAUACAAUAGAUGCUGAAAAGAAAAAAUUAAAAAAUGCUAACAUAAUGAGAGGAUGGGAAAUUUUCGAUUUUGAAAUUCA